UACCUUGAUUACUAACAUGCUUAUACCUUCUCUCUUAAUACUUUUUGAUAGUAUAAUUUUCUCUCUAAUCGUAAAAAAAUGUUUCCCAAAAGUCAAAGAAAUAAAAAGUUUGUCAAAGCAAAAAAAUAAAUAAAUUUGACAAACCCCUUUCUUCUCGAUUUCUCUAAAAGACACAUCAAGCCGCACCAUCACAAACCUUGAUUACUAAAAAAGCUUCCUCCUUUCUUUUUCUUAAUCCGAGAACACGAGAGACUCGUCGUUCAAGAAAACUCUCUCUGCCAAAAAAUCAAUUAGAUUGAACGACACACCCAAUCAAAUCCCAUCGUUUCUCAAAACCCAUCUUCAUCCUUUCCUUCUUCUCUCACCUUGUAAUUUAGCCGUAAAGUAUUCAUUCGCCUUUUCAAACUCCUCAAAAGCUCUCUGUUUCUCAUCUCUCUCUCUUUCACACGAUGAGAGAGUAUUGGACAUCUUUGGCUUCAUUACUCGGCGUUUUAGCCUUUUGUAAAAGCCUAAUGAAUUCAAUAUUCCCACCGGAGCUCCGUUUCGCCUUCUUGAAACUAUCCAACAGAGUAUUCAAACUCUUCUCCACCUUCUGUUACUUCGACAUAACAGAGAUCGACGGCGUCAACACCAACGAGCUUUACAAUGCCGUCCAGCUUUACCUCAGCUCCUCCGUCUCCAUCGCCGGAAACCGUCUCAGCCUCACACGCGCCGUCAACUCCUCCUCCAUCACGUUCGGCCUCUCCAACAACGACUCCAUCGUCGACACAUACAACUCCGUCACCGUCGUAUGGGAACACAUCGUUACGCAGAGACAAACUCAAACCUUCGCUUGGAGACCAAUGCCGGAAGAGAAACGUGGCUUCACGCUCCGGAUCAAGAAGAAAGAUAAGAACUUGGUCCUUGACUCUUACUUGGAAUACAUCAUGGAGAGAGCUAACGAGAUUCGCCGGACGAAUCAAGAUCGGCUUCUCUACACGAAUUCACGAGGUGGGUCUCUUGACUCGAGAGGUCUUCCUUGGGAAUCUGUUCCCUUUAAGCACCCGAGUACCUUCGAUACACUCGCUAUGGAUCCGGUUAAGAAGCAACAGAUCAUGGACGAUCUCACAGAUUUCGCUCAGUGUCAAUCUUUUUACCAGAAGACAGGUCGGGCUUGGAAAAGAGGAUACUUGCUUUACGGACCUCCCGGAACAGGGAAGUCGAGUAUGAUCGCUGCUAUGGCUAACCAUCUCCGGUACGACAUCUACGAUCUCGAGCUCACGGAGGUCAAAAGCAAUUCAGAAUUGAGGAAGCUCCUGAUGAAGACUAGCUCCAAGUCGAUAAUUGUGAUCGAGGACAUUGAUUGUUCGAUCAAUUUAACGAACCGAAACAAGAAACAGAGCAAUGAAACAGAGACCGGUUUUGUCGAGGGUUCCGGUGAUGGGAGCACGAUAACGCUUUCAGGUUUGCUGAACUUCACUGAUGGUCUUUGGUCUUGUUGUGGCAGCGAGAGGAUCUUUGUGUUCACGACGAAUCAUAUUGAUAAGCUUGAUCCUGCGUUGCUAAGAAGUGGAAGAAUGGAUAUGCAUGUACACAUGAGUUACUGUACGUUUCCAUCGAUCAAGAUCUUGCUGAGGAAUUACUUGGGAUACGAGGAAGGUGAUCUCAACGAUGACGUUUUGAAGGAGAUGGAGGAAGUGGUUGAUAAGGCUGAGAUUACUCCGGCUGAUGUAAGCGAGGCUCUGAUUAAGAACCGGAGGGAUAAAGAUAGAGCUGUGAGGGAACUGCUGGAGGAUUUGAGAAGUAGAGCGAAGAGAAAUGAGAAGAAUGGGAGUUUGGAAGAGCAGGAGAAGAUGGCUUUGGAUAGUCCUUAUGCAGAAGCAAACGGUGGAGGAGAAGAGGAAGAGAUUGAGGAUAUCAUUUGCAAAAGUAGUGAUGAUUAUUAGUCUUUUUGUUUUGUUUUGUUGUUCUUAAUUAGGUUUGUAACGUUCUAUGUUUACGCAAUGUGGAAAGUUGUGUGAUCUUUAUUAUUUUGGGUAAUGAACUUUUUGAAGUAAG